UUUUUUUUUUUUUUUUUUUUUUUUUUUUUUCUUUUUUUUUCUCUCUUAAAUAUAGAAUCGUGUAGAUAUCAUAUAAACAUUCAUUUAUAUAAGCGACACGUAUAUAAUGCAGCAGCAAGAUUCGUUCUCGUUAGAGUAUUCUUUUCGAGGACAGCCUGACUUACAACAACCUAAGGCAAGAAACCUACCUCAAGGACAGCUUGCUGCACUUAUUAAACAUCGUGUUGACUCUGAAAAUGAGUUAUAUAUGGAAUUACAACUUGGUCGUGAUCACAGACCAAAUAGUGCUCCUCCUGACCCUCAUCAGUUUCAAUUACUAACACUAACUCAACAACAUGAGGAUCAUUUAAAUAUGAUGAAAACUUCAAAUUCGUGGAAAAAUGAUACUCAACUAGUUUCAACUCCCAUUUACAACCCAACUUGUUCAUCUCGUCAAGUUUGGUCCAAUAAUAAAACAAUAGAUCAUUAUCAUACAACUUAUUAAUAACCAAAGGUUUUCAAGGCAACCAGGAUGAUAGUAACAAAGGAAGUUAUUUCAAUCAACAAAUACUUAUUUCACAGCAUAAUAAAUGCAAAGAUACAUUAAAUAUUUAUAGUAAUAAUAAUCAAUAUCAAGAUUUAGAUAUUCGCCUUUUUAUCACACAUUACAUCAAGGAUCUAAUAAUAAUAGUCGAGGU